AUGGUCGCUUCCGAAUCCAUGAUAGAAACAGGCUCAAACCAAGUCCUUGAAGCAGGGGCUGAGCUCCAAAGGGGUGCUUUUCCCUUGGGGCUUCCGACUGAUGGUUUGCCACGUUCAGAAGCGUUUUCACAGCUAGUCCACGCUAGAGGAGUAAGAGCUCAACGAGACAUGUAUCCUCGCAACAACUUUAAUGCUGCUCUUGAAGUAGCAGCCUUGACUGGGCUAGAAUGCUACCGGUUCCUGAGGAGGUCUUUCUUGGGAAAGGAUCACGUUCCGAUUGCAUUAGUGCCACGGGGCACGAAUGUGGUGUUGGCUCACAUCCCGGCUGUGUUUUCGCAGGCGUCUUUCUCCUCUGUGAAGUCUGCCUCAUCGUCAUUUCGCUCUUUUCGAAGCAUGCUUUCCGGGCGCUACACGAACAGUGGCAGCCGCACACAACUGCUGUGCAGUGCGCCAGAAAUCGACCUAGCCAGCCACACACGGCUCAUCAGCGACUGCGACGAUAGCUAUGUAAAACUUAUAAACGGCGGGCAGUCCUCUAUCGACAAGUUGGCAGUGGUCAUCAGUAUUUUUGCGGACGGGGAGGAGGGUGCCCAGGCUUUCCGGCACGAGCUGGCGCGGCGUGGGGUUCAGGUCACCAGCGAGUCGCUGCCGCAGCCAGGAAACUAUCGGCGACGCUCCGGGAAAUUGCUGGCCAAGUGA